UAGCGUCGGUCGGCAGUUUACUAGAUAUUUUACAACGGUUUCGCUUCUUUCCAAAAGUACAGCAUUUUACCCCCAAAGUACGUUCUAUUUCAAAUAAUUUCAGUUUCUGUUGUCAGAAAACGGAACGAGUGUGAAACUGAACGCGACUCCUGAAACUUUAGGCGCUAAUGAAAGAACAGCAGCGGUUUUAGAUGAGUCCCUGGUGGGGGGGGGGGGAUGAGUCCCAAAAGUGAAGAGAUUAGUCAUCAGUCGUUUUCUUGGAAAAAGUCAGUCAUAAACAUAAACAAUUAUAGUAUUCUCUCCUGCUUGUCUGGAUAGCAAACGCGGAUACGUAAAUUGACUUCUGGUUUGUCCCUCUUGCUUUUCCGUCGACCGAAGCGCUUAUCGACAACACCAUAACAACACCAGCUAUUACUGUACCAUCAUCAUCUGCUGUGUGCGACCAUCUGCUAUAUGUAAGAUCUCCCAUCAAGUGUUUUAAAAUCUGGAAAUAAAUGAUUUCCCGAGACGUCUUGGUGAGGUAUUACGUCGGAGACAUUGAGGUCUAACAUCACACGUGCCAAAUGCACCAGCUGUGACAUGGGGAACGUUUAAAGAUGGAAAAACAAAAGAGAGUAUGUGUGUUGUGUGUUUGUAGUUCUGGUGAGGAGGACGGAUCUUUGGAGACGGGUUUGCUUCAUACAUGGAGGGGAUAUUGUUACAGCACCACACCAGAAAGAGCUCUGCUCUCCCGGCCGGUGCUUCAGGCUGCCCUGGGGUCUAAACAUGGUGUUCUGCUGGUAGAGGGAGGGCAGGUCUACAGCUUUGGUGAACUGCCAUGGAAACAAAACCAAGCGUCAGCGUCGACCGAGCCACUAUUGGAGGCGGUGCUUAGUGAACAGCGUGUGAUUUUUGUAGCUGCUGGCUCCGCCCACAGUGGAGCCGUAACGGAAGAUGGAGGCGUACACAUGUGGGGAGAUAACGCUCACGGCCAAUGUGGCCUGUUCGGUCUGUCUGUUAUUCCUAACCCCACCCCUGUGGGCGUGGUUGAGCCUGAGACCACACCCUCUCCACCGGUCAAGAUCCUGGAGGUGGCGUGUGGUGACCAGCACACUCUUGCUCUUUCAGCCAAGCAUGAAGUCUGGGCCUGGGGCAGCGGGUGUCAGCUGGGUUUGAACACAUCAACCUUUCCUGUCUGGAAGCCUCAGAAGGUGGAGUGCCUGGCGGGAAAGCACGUGCUGCAGGUGGCGUGCGGGGCUUCUCACAGCCUGGCUCUGGUGCGCUGUCCACUUCCUCCGCAGGAACUUCGGAAACCCCCCGUAGACAAGUGCGGUCAUUGCCAUCAGCUGCUCUACACAAUGACGGACAAGGAGGACCAUGUCAUCAUCUCAGACGGCCAUCACUGUCCAUUAGGUGUGGAACCGGAGAGCGGAGAGAACAAAUCUGUAUCCUCCAAUCCCAGCCAGAUGCCACAAUCUACUUCCGGCACCUUUCCUUCAUCUACAACUCCACCUACAACUGAACUUCAAAAUCAUUCUCCUGCGUCUAAUCAAGAUCCUGUAGAACCGGCCGUGAAGGACUCGGAUGAGUUUGGUGGUCCGGUCACUAAUGGAGAGGUUUGUGUCGAAAUCUCGGAAACUGGCAUCCUUGAGUCGGAUAGCUGUAGGUCCUCCCCUUACCCUGAUGAGCAAGCAGUCAGAGCUUAUCUGAAGAGACUUUCCGAUCAUACUCUGGCAGAGCACACGCCCAAAACCUCCAGCACGGUUUACUCUGAUCAGGUCUCCAGUGACCCCGCUGCGUGUUUCACCCCUGACCCCCUGAUCCCCGUCGCCCAGUCCGUGACUCCGAUGGGGUCAGCACUGAAUAAUUUGGUUGUGUCGUGUGCCUCUGCAGUGGGGGGGCGCGUGGCAUCUACAUACGAGGCGAUGUCUCUGAGAAAAGUGAUUGGUUACUGGGCUCCCGGAGAAGGACGCGAGCGAGCGGAAGAGAGAAUCCGUCUGGAAGAGCCCAUGCAUGGCAAGAAAAGCUCCAGCCUCGGGGACAUCCGAGAGGAAGAGGCGGAGCUUAGCCGUCGCCUGUCGCUGCCGGGUUUGCUCUCUCAGGGUACACAUGCUGUUCUUCUUUUGCACUCGAUGUACCAUCUCUUGUCUCCUCGUCUUUUGCGGCGGACGAGUCGUACCCGUGGCCGUUCUGUCGCGCUCACAUCAGGAGAUAUACCUGAGGCCGACGCCCACCUGCCCUCCCUGCAGACAGAAGUGUGGAGCUGGGGGCGGGGCCAAGAAGGCCAGCUUGGACAUGGAGACGUCCUCCCCAGACCGCAGCCCGUCUGCAUUAAGGGUUUAAAUGGUAAAGAGGUGUUGAGAGUGGCCGCAGGUGCUUAUCACUCUCUCGCUCUGACCACACAAUCACAGGUGCUUUCCUGGGGCUGUAACACAUCUGGUCAACUGGGACACAUGGAAUCACCCACCACGUUCCCUCAUUAUUCCAAGCUAUCGGAAGGGAUUCGUGUGUGGGACAUAGGGGCGGGACAACAGCACACACUCUUAUUGGCUGAUGGAGAUUGCAUCCAGCCAAUCCUGUACUACAGUGGGCAGCAGGUGAAAGAAGAGGCGGAGCAAACAUCGGAGGAGCAGACGGGCAAAUACACGCAACAACCUGUGCUGCUUCCCUUCUGUAUGAAUUUGGGUUACGUGAGCAGCGUGUGCGCGGGUGGACAGACAUGCGCGGCGCUGGCAGAUCGUAACGUAAUCGGUUUUAAAAGCAGUCUGCACGAGCUGGCCGCCGCAGAGAGGAAAUACUACUGCAAACUCAGCAAUAUCAAGAACCUUCUGCUUCAGCCUCUGCUUAAACUGGACUCGCUAAGCUCCGCCCUCGGUCAGUCCUCUGCAGGGUUGCUGCAGAAUCUGAUUGGACGAUUAGGUCGGCUGUCACAGCUCACGGGACAAAACUCAGCGUCUCUGACUUCGUUGGUGAGGCGGUCACGUGAUGUCCGAGGUCUUUUACUUCUUGACGACUCGCAUCUGUUCCUGGACACAUAUUCAGAGUAUUGCUCUGCGGUGAGUGAUCUAUUGGUCAUGGGAGGAUUUCAGGCUCUUGUUAAGCCCUGCCAGGAUGUGUUUGGUAAGGGGGCAGAAGUUGUUCAGAGGUUGACUGAAUGUUCUGAAGAGGGUUUGACCUUAGCUGAUGUCCUGGCUCAUCUCUUUUACCUGCCCAUCAAACACCUGCAUGAAUACGGACGAGUGCUGCUCAAACUGUCUUCCUGCUACGAGAUGGGUUCUGUGGAUUAUCAGAAGCUGCAAGACUCCUACUCGAAAUACGAGUCGAUGGAUCUUCAUCUAAAUCGGAGGAGGAAGGAGGCAGAAUUCACGCUGCACUUCUGGAAGAGUUUUCCUGGGAAGAUGACCGAUUCUCUUCGCAAACCGUCUCGUCGGCUUAUCUGCGAGAGCAGUAAUAAAACUUUGACUCUUCAGAACUCCGGCCGUUUUUCAGUCAACUGGUUCAUCCUCUUCAACGACGCGCUCGUGCACGCACAGGGCAUGGUCCCCUAUAAAAGUUUUUUUUCCACUCAUCACGUCUUCCCAUUGGCUACGCUGUGGGUGGAGCCUAUUUCUGAGGAUAACGCUGGGCUGUAUGGGUUAAAGCUGACCUCACCUGAGGAGAGUUUUGCUUUACUGGCUUCAUCUCAGGCUGAAAAGGCGAAGUGGCUUCGUUCCAUAAACCAGGCAGUAGAGCAAGCUCUUAGUGGACUGGGGCAUGAUGGGAUACCUCCAUCCACAGGAGCGACGCAGAGAGCAGACCCGCCCAUUUCCCGCACAGCGUCAUAUACAUUCUACAAAGACAGUCGACUCAAGGAGGCCACGUACGAGGGCCGAUGGGUCUCCGGAAAACCUCAUGGGCGGGGGGUGGUCAAGUGGCCAGAUGGACGGCUGUAUACCGGCACGUUCAAGAACGGACUUGAAGACGGUUGUGGAGAAUAUGUUGUACCUAACAAAAAUCUGAACAGCUGUGAUCAUUACCAGGGACAGUGGAAAGAUGGCAAAAUGCACGGCUUUGGGACAUUCAGGUACGCCUCAGGUGAAGUGUACGAGGGCUCGUUUCAAGACAACAUGCGUCACGGUCACGGGAUGCUGCGUAGCGGGAAGUUAAACUCCACCUCCCCCAGUGUCUUCAUCGGCCAAUGGCAGUACGACAAAAAGUCUGGCUAUGGAGUAUUUGAUGACAUCACCAGGGGAGAAAAAUACAUGGGCAUGUGGGCUGACGAUCAGCGUCAAGGAAACGGAGUCGUUGUUACACAGUUCAGCCUCUACUAUGAAGGCGCUUUCAAUAACAACAAGAUGAUGGGAACCGGUGUGUUGCUCUCAGAAGACGACACCACAUUUGAGGGAGAGUUCUCAGAGGAUUGGACUCUUAGUGGAAAGGGCGUGUUGACGAUGCCUCACGGAGACUACAUUGAAGGUUCCUUCAGCGGGGUUUGGGGAACCGGACUGAAGAUGUCCGGUUCUUACUACAAACCCAGCUUGUAUGACUCGGACAAAGACAAAACUCACUCACUCAAACUGGGACGGUUAGCGGUUCACUCGGAAGAGAAGUGGAAGGCCGUGUUUGUGGAGUGCUGGCACAGACUGGGUUGUGAUUCUCCCGGACAGGUUGAAACCAGUACAGCGUGGGAUAACAUCGCAAUAGCACUCACUGCUAACAGAAGACAGCAGAGAGACAGUCCAGAGUUACUGACCCGCUCUCAUCACAAAACGCUGGAGAGUCUAGAGUUCAUCCCUCAACACGUUGGUCCUGUGACUUUAGACGUCUAUAACACAAUUCGUCGCUAUCUUGUAAAGGCGUGCGACACCCCGCUUCAUCCGCUGGGUCGUCUGGUGGAAACGUUGGUUUCGGUAUACCGCAUGACGUACGUUGGUGUCGGGGCCAAUCGCAGAUUACUGCCCCAGGCCGUCAAUGAGAUCAAGUCUUAUCUCAGCAAAAUCUUCCAGCUGGUCAGAUUCCUCUUUCCCGAUCUGCCGGAUGAAGGAGGGUCACUGGCUGAGCCCAAAAAGGAGAAGACCGGCCCAAGCAAUGCUGGGAAACAGCUGGAGUCUCCUAAACCUGGGUGUGUGGUGAGCAGCUCGGCUCUUCUGCUGCCGGUUCUUCUGCCUCGUCUCUAUCCUCCUCUCUUCACUCUCUACGCACUGGAUAAAGAGAAGGAGGAUGAUGUGUACUGGGAGUGUGUCCUGAGACUCAACAAACAGCCCGACCUCGCGCUGCUCGCGUUCCUCGGUGUGCAACAGAAAUUCUGGCCUGUGACUGUUACUGUACAUGGAGAAAAACAGCAGGUUUGUUCAAGCACUAAGGACGCCUGUUUUGCUGCGGCGGUUGAGACAAUACAGCAGAUCAGCACAACUUUCACCCCCUCAGACAAGCUCCAGGUCAUCCAGCUGACCUUUGAGGAGAUCACACAGGAAGUACUCGCGCUCCUGAAACAGGAUUUCCUGUGGUCUAUGGAUGACCUGUUUCCUGUCUUCCUCUUUGUGGUUUUGCGUGCACGGAUCAGAAAUCUGGGGUCAGAGGUCAGUCUGAUCGAGGACCUGAUGGAUCCUUGUGUUCAACACGGAGAGCAUGGAAUCAUGUUUACCACACUGAAGGCGUGCUACUAUCAGAUCCAGCACGAGAAGGUCACAUAAUACACAUAAUCUCUCCAAAACCAUCUGACUUACAAACACCCCAGCCAAUCACAGCGGGGUGGCGAACCGGCCGUGUUCAGCGUCCAGAUCACGUGUCCUGAGGGGGGUGAUGCUAUUGGCUGAGCUCUCAUCAUCACAGAAAAGGCUCCGGUUCAUGUGCAAGGGCUGUGGAUUUGAGUUUUAUUUCUAUUCUGUGUUUCAAACGAAUCUGUUUCUUGUGAUGUUUUCAUGUCUUCUUCAUUCACUUUAUUGAGUUUUUUUAAAAUGCUUUCAUUACAUCGCUGUAUUAAACGAUUCAGUGUUUUUUUAUUUAAGAGCAGAUGCCAUUCUGAUGUUGAACGUUUAUGUGGGAAGUUGAUUUGUAAUGUUCUGUAAGCCAUCUACCUCCGUCUUCACAGUAAACCACUACACUAAACAACUUUUCUUGAUAGUGUUACAUCAUUUAACACAAGCAGCACACUGCCUCAGACACACAAUAUUUAUCACAAUAAUGGAGUUUCAUAAACACAAGAUCUGGACUGUUGUCCUUCUCGAAUAAGAAACAGAUUUGUGAUCUGACUGACAGGGUUGAAGUUCUGCUUUAUUCCAUUGAAAUGUUUGUUUACAGACUUUGAUCUGAGUUUAGAAACGGUUCAUGCUGCUUGUUUGUUUGUUGUUGUUUCUCUAUGAACUCGCUCAGACGUUCCUGAAGUGUUUUUGAAAUGGUGUCGAUGCUCAUAGUGACACAUAAGCAUAAGUCAUGUUUUUCUCAUCUGAAGUAUUUUAAAGUGCCUCUUGUAAGCGUUACGGAUGUUUAUCAUGAUGACAUCAUCAUUCAGCAAUAGCGUCCAGUCUCAUUUCAAAGCUGUCGGCCUGUUGAGAUUUGUUUUCUUUUAUUGAUGUUGUUUUAUGUAUUUGCAGCAAAGAUGAUCUGAGUGAUGUGGAUGAUGUGUGGAAUAACUCACAGGACGGUGACAUUAACAAAGUGUGUUUGAAUGAGGAUAAGAGAUGAGGACUUUCAGAUUGUGUGUUGUUGUGUGUUUAAACUCUGUGAAACUGUCAUGGCUGUGGACUGUUGUUGUUUACUGACACGAUGACAUGUGAGAUGUUGCAUGAAUAUCAUGGAUCUGAACAUGAAGAUACGGAUCAGUUUAACUCUGCCGAGUCAAGCCGUGUACAUUCACCCGUGUCUCAGAGAGAGAUUUCUGUCAUUUUUAUUUCUAAGAGGUGAAUACAAAGAAUAUUCAAACUGUUUACUGACUUAUUCGUUUUAAUAAAUGGCAAUAAAGCUCUGGAUUAAACAUGACAUUGACGUCUAAAUAAAUAAUGGUUUGGACAGAAUGUUA